AUGACGCACAGGCCGGCAAACGCAACUGACAAGGAAUAUACGGACUGCGAUGGUGAUGGUAACGUGCCCAGCAGCUGCAAAGAAGAAGCAGCAGCAGAAGCUCAGCCUGAUGCUUUGGAACGAUGCAUCAGCACGCACACCACGCGCACGCUAGGUCCGCCGCCUGACGGAGGCCUUUUAGCAUGGACACAAGUCGUCGGUGCAUUCUUCUUGUUCGUCAACUCGUGGGGCAUUGCCAACACGUAUGGCGUCUAUCAGACGUACUACGAACAGACGCUAUUCAGCGACCAUUCUUCCGAACAAAUCGCAUGGAUCGGUAGUUUGCAAAGCUUUCUGCUGCUCAUCGUCUCUGCUCUUGCUGGUCCAUUGUUCGACAAGGGGUGAGUCGUGCUUCCUCUCUCUCUCUGUGGCCGUGCACCUGCUCAUCCCACCCCCGCCCGCGCUCACACGCUGCCCCACAGCUACUUUCGCUCGCUCGUCACACUCGGCUCUCUGCUCGUCGUGUUCGGCAUGAUGAUGACCAGCCUGUGCACUGCGUACUGGCAAGCCAUCCUAGCACAAGGUUUAGUCGUCGGUGUAGGAGCGGGUUGCUUGUUCGUUCCAGCAGUCAGCAUCGUAGCCACCUACUUUGACAAGAAGAGGGCUCUCGCUGUGGGCAUCGUUACAGCCGGAUCGUCCAUUGGCGGCGUCGUGUAUCCCAUCAUCUUUAUUCGAUUGGUCGACAAGCUGGGUUUCGCUUGGACAACGCGCAUCAUCGCUUUCAUUGCGCUCGCUACGCUCAUCGUGCCUAGCGCCGGCAUGAAGCCGAGAAUCAGAGCGGCGAAAGCUCGACCUUUGCUGUUGCCGCGCGCCUUUCUCGAAGUGCCGUACUCUACCUUUACCCUUGGCCUCUUUACCGGAUUUAUGGCCUUGUGAGUUGGUGCGCGUCGUGGGGUCAGCAGCAUCUUCAGCUCGUGACUCUUCUUCCCGCCCCACACCCGCAGGUAUAUUCCAUUCUUCUUCAUCACACCCUACGCACGCGCUCAGACGGGCGCCAACGCCACUCUGGCAACCUACAUGCUACCCAUUCUCAAUGGCGCAUCCACAUUUGGACGCGUGCUGGGCGGCUCGGUAGCUGGCCGCAUCGGUCCCCUCAACACGCUCAUACCUUGCACUCUAGCAGCAGCAAUAUUGGCAUUCGCAUGGAUCGGCAUUCACAACGUCCCAGGCAUCAUCGUCUUUUCCGUACUGUAUGGCUUCUUCUCCGGCACUUUUGUCAGCUUGCCCCCCUCCACCAUGGCUGCGCUCAGCUCCGACUUGUCACAGAUCGGAACGAGGAUGGGGCAGAGCUUCUUUGUUGCUGGCUUGGGUGUGCUGAUCGGCACACCGGUAGCGGGUGUGCUUAUCAAGGUGGGUGGGUGGACGGCAGCGCAACGCCACGCCAGCUUGACCGCAUUGCUGACGCUCUCGCUUGCAGGGCGACGACUUUGUCCGGACACAGGUCUUCUGCGGAGCACUCAUUGCCGUAUCAGUCGUUUUGAUGGUCACUGCUCGAGUGGUCAGGACAGGACCCGUACUGCUCGCCACAUCUUGA